AUGAGAGGCCGGGCAUGAAGUGCAACCCCGUCCAAUGAUUAUGCAGAAGAGGUGAUAAUGACUUCCUAUCAAGAGUUAACGGCCGAAGUGGAGAGUAGCCCUCUGUUCACGGACUGCCGCCGAGCCAAAGAGGUCAUAAACCGGGACCUGGACUGCAGGACGCAUCCUGAACUCGGCAGUCGUGAUGAGGAGAGGGAACAGGAGGCGAAAGCCGCCUCACGAAUUAAUACACCGCAUCCCCGGUACUCAACUCUCUCCAACAGUUGCACCUUUUUGGACAGCCCUCCUCCUCCAGCGUGCGAUACUCUCCAGGGCUUCUCGGCACCGGCCUGCCCCCACUCGUCCCGCGUCCCCUGGCGGUGCAGGGCGCAGGGGCACGGCUCUCCGGGACCCGAAUACUGCGCGUCAAAUAACAACGAAACGCUACAAUCCGGUUUUGGCUCACUAGCCGAGCAAAUUCAAAUCUACUCACGUAAUGGCCCCGAGAUUCACGUCGCCAUGGGGAGUUCAGCUGGCUUGGACUGUAACGUGGCGCAUAUGGAUGUAAGCAGUAAAACUUUUGAGUGGAUGAGAGUGAGAAGGAGUCAGCAACGGGCGGCCAGGAUGCACAUGACCUGUGGGUUCAGCGUUGUUGGUUCGGACCUCGGUGCUGUCGAGGCUGGAAGCAGCGGCAUCUUCACGGGUGACCAUCCCACGGUACCCAGCGCCUCGAGGAUCAGCUUUAGCACCAGGCAGCUGACCGAGCUGGAGAAGGAGUUCCACUUCAACAAGUACCUGACGCGGGCCAGGCGGGUCGAGGUCGCCAGAGCCCUGCAGCUCAGCGAGACGCAGGUGAAAGUUUGGUUUCAGAACAGACGAAUGAAGCAGAAGAAAUUACAGCGAGUCGGGCUGCUCUCCGACCCAGGGCCAGCGGCACCGCAUUCACACGCCGACACUUUGGACACGUGCCCCUCUCGACCGUCCUCGUCCACACACCUGCCCCUGAACUCCUGAACCGCAGGACCUGCAUCACGCGUCACACACGCGAUGGCGCCCGCCUGCAGAUGUUUUGAUUCCCUUUUGCAUCGGUUUCAAUCAGGCUUCACUUUUAUUUGCGUACCACGAUGGAUGCGUAUCGUAAGAAGCGCAAUGCCAAGUGUCUUCAUGCAAGAACGGAUAAAAACAAUUUGUCAUCCUCCCUCGGCUUCAGACUGGCGCUGAUUUGAAUAUUAAAAUUCAAGUCAUUGCACCGCGCUCCUACCAAUGAAAACAAGGAAACAAAAUUAUAUUAAUUGUCCAUAGCAACUUUGACACUCGAUUUGUUUAUUUAUUCGGUACAAUUCAUCCAGGAGUUGACUUGACUUGUGUAUGUAUUCAACCAGGCACGUGCCUCUUAGAUUUGUUUAAAAUAAAAUAAUAUAUUUGUAUUUAUUUAAUGUACAUUUCAUCAUAUUUAUUCUAUUGGGAAUAUAUGUUUUAGUUUGACUAAUUAUUGAUUUCUCAACCAAUUUAAGUUGCAGCAUGUUUACAUCUCUUUUUUAUUUCUUUAGAAAGCUGUUGUGAAUAUUUUAGGAAACAUAUGCACCUGUUGUAGACAAAUAACAUCUUAAACAUGGGGGCAGAUAAUUAUCAGGCUAAGCAGAGUAUUUAAUGCUGCUUUAAUGGUGUGUGUAUUUUCCCGGUUUUAAGGUUUUUCUUCACGGAAUUAAAAUGCUGUAAUUGACUGAUAGAUUUAUUGAUCACUCUUAUUAAAAGUAUUGAUCCGUGAUGAUCCAUCUAUUUGAGGCACAAAUCUGGGAGCAUUUGCAUGCAUCUGUAACUGCAUGUUAAUGGAAUGUAGAAAAUUCACGGUCGGGAGUUGUUGCGUCUUUUAUUACCGCGAUAUACAUGCAUCAGAAAAUGAUAAUUUAGCCUGAACACUCAUGCGGGAGAGCAGACAAUAAAACGCUGUCUGCGCUGUUUUGCAGAUCAACCAAUAAAUUGUGUGGCUCCAGCAGCUCCAGCUGCUAAAUAUUUCUUCGAGAUUCACAUCUCAUCAUAUAAAGUAAAUGAUUUUAAACUCAGCCCACAAACACUGUUAUGUCCCGAUAUCGCAAUGGGGUUCUGCCAUGUUAAUGUCUAUUCUAAUAUCAAGAUAUGAGGCCAUCAGCCACACUAAUUCUAUGUAAGGGAAUAUUUUGUUAGCUUCCAAUCAGCCGUGCUUGCAUUUGAUACAAAGGUAAAUAGAUCCAAAGCGGAAGUUAAUGACAACAACAAUGGAAUUAAACCUAAAGCAGAUGGGUGUCGCUUAGAAAUAUAAAGCGAAAAUCAAAAUGGAUGAAUAAGGUCCGUUUUAAACAUUUAACAGGUGACCUCCUUGGAAUUUUUAUGAAUAUAAUAAUAACAUAAUUGUUAGAAGCAGUUGGACCUUCAAGCUAAUAUAUGCAGUUACACCAGCAUUCACCUUUCACCUCUUGACCUUUGUCUUGCCUCGGGACAACGAUGACCCGGUCAGCGGCUGAGAGAGAGAAAGAUGCACCAUUAAUUUGGAUGACCUCGAAGUCUGUGCUUUCCCUCUCUCUUUCUUUCUCUGUAGUUCUUUCUUUCGUUUUCUCUUUUUUUCAACAACUCAGAAGGCUUUUGUUCUGGUGGUGGGUCUCUAUGUACACACACCAAUAUUUCAUCCAACUGAAUCGAGGGGCGACUAGGCCGUAUGAUAAUUGUUCAUAUUAUAAUUCCAUACCAAGCCACAUAAGCCACAUAAGGCAUUUGUUCUACACCUAGAGCUAACAUAAUUUUUGCCCUAUCUCUUAUUUUAAUAAGCCCAACAAUAUGCUCCUGGCUCACUUUAUAAACUGGAUAAAAGAGUCUUUUCACCCAAUAGGUUUUGGGAUAUAAAGCACAGAUCUAUUUUUAAUUGCAAAGUUGAAAAAUUAAAGUUACUUGAGCAUACUGAACACUUAAUAGGAUUCCAUGUCAGAGCCCGUAUAAACACAUUUUAGAGCAACUAUUCAUAACAUGCAUGCUGCUUCUAUAUUUCAUGCAUAUUGUGUUAAAUACUUUUAGAGGAAUUUAGACAUUAAUCGCCUCCAAACAAUAUCCUUUACAAUGUUCAUCUCAUUCAUUUGAACUGAAAGCUUUAAAGUAAAAGAAGUUCAAACUUGAAGGUCUGCAGAGGAGCUUUUGACUGUGAAAUCAUUUUAAUGGUGUAUUUAUAAUUGAUACAAAUUAUUUUACAUGCAAGCUAGACAAAAACUGUGUUGAGCCCAAUUUAUUUUACAUUUGCAUUUAAACAAAAUAUAAACCAUUAAGGUUGCCUUUCUCUAAACAAAAUAGCACAAAGUGGAAAGCUUAACAAAACAGCCAAAGCGUCUGUCUUCUUCUGAUGCAAAUAAGUGUGCACUUGUGAAGGUUAGAGGAUGACGAUGAGGACAAUGAUGAUGAAACAAUGUGAUGA